AUGGAGACGGACAAGAUGUCGACCGCGUCAUCGGUGGGCGCAGAGCGUCGACCACUAAUGCAAGCGCUUUUAAUUGAACGACGAAUUCUUUUCGCUUGCACUGUACUAGUUGGGCUUAGUACAUUCAUAUGGAUCACUGCUAUCUGUACAAAUAAAUGGGUUCACAUUGAAGGUGGCAGUGGUAUAUUUCUGCCAACCAGGGGAGGCUAUUUCAUGUACAGUGACUCAGGCGUAUGGGAGAUUUGUCGAUAUGUAUUCCACCCAACUGACAAUUCAGUCCUACAACACAAUGCGACGCAUAUGGCGUCUUUGAAUCCAUUCGAUAUGAGCGGAUUAAAAGGAGAAUAUUUUACUAAUUGUACAAAUUAUUUAGCUCAGCCUAUUAUGAAGAACGGGAAGCCCGCCGAUCCCGCUUACGAUAUAGAUGUAGCGAACUACGUUCGAACGAUGAUCUCUUUUGGCAUCAUCAGUUUAUUCGUGAUGGCUAUGGGUUGUGGCUUCUCUGUUUACACCUUCCGCAACCCACGCUACAUGUUCAAACGUCUCGCCGCGGGCAUACAUUUCAUCAGCACGUCGUGCACAAUCGUUGUUGUGCAAGUGAUGAUGUCUUCAGUGGACCAUAUGAAGAAGAACUUGAAGUUCGUGUAUCCAGAGCGUGCCUAUCACUACUACCACAUCAGUUUUUUCAUGGCAUGGUUCGUGGUGUUGGUCAACCUGUUCGCGGCUGCAUCCUUCUUGUGGUACUCGCGUAAGAGAAAGGGGGAUAAGGCUGCCACAGACGAACUGGCUAUGGCUGAUGAACCUACAAUCAUCGGUCGA